UCCAGGCACCUACACACUGCCCAGGCUGAUGGGCCCCAAUACGGCCUACACGUUGGCCAGCCCCUGCUACUCCAUGAGGGGAAGGAGCCAGCGCGGCCGCUUUGACGAAGACCUCGCCAAGACUCCGGGUCCUGCGGCGUUGCCCAAAGUAGCUGUGGAUGCCUACAAGACCAGGGCGCCCGCGUACACCAUGGCGGCCCGACCAAAACCCGCAGAGGGCAAAGCAGCAAAGCCCGGGCCGGCAGACUACAGCGUAGGCCGGGUAAGGCAGCUAGCUGCUCAGCUCUUCCCCUCUGUUUCACAAGCACAGCCUUCACGCCUCUCCCCCUUCCCCGAGGCUUCCUCCGGCCAAAGAGCUUCUGGCCGCAGGGACCAAGUGCCGGACAGCAGGCCUGCUCCCUGCCCUCGUGCCACCUCCGAGCAGAGGAAGGGACAGACAGCACAGCAUGCAGCUUUUCCUCCCUCUGCUCCCUUUCCCUUCACGGGGCGUGCUGGUCCUUCACAAGCUCUUCUGGGGGACGCAGCACAGAAGGGCUCCAAGCAGCACGCCCCCAGGGUAGGAGAGUUAGCUGCGAGGUCCCAG